AUGAGCGGGCACGAAAAGGUCGGAAAGACAAAAAGGGAAACCUUCGCCGACGAGCCGAGGCAACGAAGCUCGACCCCUCAAUGGAGCACUGUAUGCGUGUGCGUAAAAACUAAGUUUUGCCUAGUUUUAACGGAAAUCGUCAGACGAUGA